AUGAGCUGGUUUGCUAUUAGGCGUGCUAAAGGAACCUCAAACGAAGAUAGCCUGACGCCACAUGUGAAUAAAAUAAUUGAAAAGAACUUCGAAGACUCCACUGGCCUUGCAGUUCGUGAAAUAAGUCAAUUCGAAUUCCAAGUCCAAGCACAAGAAGGGGAAUGUUUCACAGUUAGAUUGGUGGAGGGAACUUGCUCAUGUAUGGAAUAUCAACAGCUAGGGAUUCCAUGUGACCAUGCAAUUGCUGCAGCAGCAAGUAUCAAGAUACCAACAAACACUAUGGUUUGCAAAGCUUUCUACGACACUAGUUGGAAAAUUGGGUUUGAGGAGAAGAUUUAUCCGGUUCCAUCAGUCGGUAAUGUGGAAAUAGGAGAUGGUUUUAGAGGAGAAUUGCUUCCACCAGAUGUUAAAUGCCCAACAGGAAGACCAAAGAAAAUCUGCAUUCUGUCUCGUGGAGAAUUCAAGCGUCCUGGAAGAAAGAAUGGUGGGCGUAGAUGCAGUCAUUGUAGCCGCCAGGGACACAACAAGUCGUCUUGUCGUUACCCCAUAUGA